AUGCCGCCUACCAUCUACAGACUCAUCGCCGCUGCUUCCGCACUUUACCGUCGCAAAUUGCAGCAGUCCCUCUCCUUCAUGCUGCCCAACUGGCUCAGAACCAGCAGCAGCAGCGCGCACGAGCGCGUCUAUCAGACCAGCUCUCAUCAAACACCCUUUCAGUCCGGGGAAAGCCUAUUGUUGCCCUUGAGGAUUUCGACACGACCCCGGGAUCUGCGCACCAGGCUGGGCCUGGGUCGAGCUUGA